UGCGUGAAACAGCAAGCUCAAGAAUUAGACAUAUGACGACGACGAGCAGCUGCACAGAUCAUUAUCGUCGAAUGAGCUAGUUGUGCGUGUAAACUGGUUGCUUCUUGUGUGAAAAUGGUGCGACCAAAUUUUGGACCGCCACGCUUUAAGCCAAGGCCCUAUGGAGAUGAUCAUGACAUGGGAUCAAGUAAUCAGGAUUACAAGAGUAGAAGAGAGGCUCCUUUUAACGGAAGGGAAUCUCGAGGUCGAGGGCGCCCCCUCUUUACUAAACGGUUACCACUGAUGGAAGAGCACAGAGAGCCACGGUUUAACCACUGGCGCUCCCAGAACCAGGACUCCUUUCGGUCAUACUCCCCAAAAAUGGAACCACAUCAAAGGAGGCCAAUCCGCCCUCUUUACCCACACCAUCGGCAAUCCUCACGCAGUCCCCCCCGUGGAUCCCUGAGUCCAAGGGGCCGUCCUUUUCACGGUCAUCCUUCAGAUCACAGGUCACCCUUUCAACGACGCUUCCCCAGCCACCAAGGCUCCUCUGACCGUGGGUCUUUCAGGGGCCACCGUAGGCCACCACCUUUUGAGGACGACCAGAGAGACCCCAGAAGGGAUUUCGGUCCUAGAGAGAGGACCUACGACCAUCCUGGUCACGGAACAAAGCGUUGGAAUGAGCCUCCACUUCACAAUGGUCCGUCUGGCUCACAGAGGAGCCCCCGAGAUAUGCAAGGGAGAGGCCCAUGUCCUGAGAGGUGGUCAUCCGAGCAAGAUUCCAGACGGCAUCAUGGUUCCAUGGAAAGGCAGAGCAACAGAUCUCACAGUAGAGAGAGCUCUCAAGAUGAUCAGCACCACCAGACCCAUUUCAGAUCCCCAUCAUGGAAAAGCGGUCCAUCAGAAACGUCAUCCUACAACCGGAGUCAUCCUGAGGGGGAAAUGACUAGACCACGCAAGAGGAGAAUAUCUGAGAUCAGCAUUCCCCCAUCGAAUCCCGCAUUGGAGCAUGACAACCCCAAACUGCUCAGGAGAGAGAGACCACAGCUGUUUAGUGCCCCCAGACCAUUUGGUGGUAGACCCCUGUCACUAAGGGAAAAAAGUGUCCUUGUUAAGAGCAGACAAAUGAGAGCAGAAUCCCUCAUGGCCAUCAAAGUACGCCCUUUCAUCAAGCCAAACCCCCCCCUUGUUAGCUCCAACUGGCUGGGCACUUCCAGUGCUGUUCUUGCUCUCCGAAAGAAGCGCUUCCAGUCCACUGUUGUUCCCCUCAAGAGUGUGAGCACAAAAAGGCAAAGAUCAGAGUCCACAUCUAAUGACAAAGGUGACUCUCACUCGUCCUCCGAGGAAUCUGACACUGGGAAAGAUCAGGUGGAGUUUCGGCGCUCCCUGAAACCACACAGGUCGCCCCCCACCGAGAAGCGAGACCUGGUUGUGUUGUCUCACUGGCCCCCAGGCCCCAGCACUUCUAAGGAAGACUCGCCUUCAAAGGAUCACAGCCCUAAGUCGAAGAGUGCUCGUGUUUCAACUUCGGAUGAUGACUCCAGAGAUGAGCGAUCACCUGAAAACAGGAAACGGGGAUAUUUGGAUAAGAGAGUUUUUGGGAGUCCAUUCAACGUGAUGCAAGACCGAUACAGAUCUGGAAGGCCAUUCCGAAGGCCAGGAGUGGGAAUGGGGUCCGGAUCGAUGCAGAGGCCCAGAUACUUGGGAGGACUCAGGAAACCACCACCACCAGAACUUUCGAAUUUUCGAAGGCCGCUCAUGGAAAGCUUGGUGACUCGCCCUUUCCCAAACCAGAGGCCAAUGUUCCAAAAAAGCUUCAGCAUUAUGAACAAAUACCGCAACAUGAGAGUGAUGCGCCAGCGUGGCCCUUUCAGCCGGGGGCCCAGCCAGCGCUGGUGAUGUCUGAGAUCAAAUAUGCGCAACACUUUGGAAGAAAAGAAGUGACAGAUCUGCAACAUUGUGGAUUCUUGUUUUGUUGAGUCCUCUCCACUGUUGCAAGUGCUGGUCCCUUGUUUGAAAUUCAGUACCACUGGGAUGUGCCGGAGAGGUCCUACUGUAAUAAGUUGACAUAAUCUGUCAUUGGACUCUUGUUUUUCAAGUAUUGUCAAUAGUAAGUUAAGCUUUUACACAGAGGCCCCUGCUGAAGCCGCUGUGUUUCCUGACGCGAUUUUUAAAUGGUACAAUAGUUUAUCUUAUUUAAGGAGUUCAACUCUGAGCAAUAGACUUUAUUUUGGGUGUGUUGGUUUAGAAAAAAGUGAGGUUCAUGUACAUUUUUUUAUAAUGUCCCCUUCUGGAUUUAGAAUAAAAGUCUUAAAUCCUU